AGCGCUGCGACGAGACACGCGACUAAAAAAUAUAUAUAUAAAAAAAAACAAGAUAAAAUAAAACAAAUAAUAAAUAAAAAUAAAAUAGAAAAUUGUAGAGAAUUAUCAGAUCAGCUAUAGACCAAAAAUUAUAUAGCGUCGGCGGCGGCGCGCAACACGUAAAAAAAGAAGAAAAACUCAAAACUGAAAGCAAAAAAUAAUAAAUAAAUAAAAGGAAUAGAAAUACAAAUUUCACGCGUUUUCUGUGCGUUUAGAAAACGCGCGCGUUUUUCACGCCUUUUUGUUGUUGUUGUUGUUGCUUCCGCUCAUUUUCCAGUGCAAAAGGAAAGAAUUCUGAAAAAGCAACAUCAACAGCAGCGCAGCAGCAGCCACAGUGGAUGCUCACAAGAUGGUUCACCACAGCAACGACGAUGCCAUGAACAAAAUUCCACUCAAGUCCUCCAACGGACUGGACGACGAAGAGAAAAAUGGCGAUGAGCUGAUGCAGGAUACAGCCGCAGCCGAAGAAGCGCGUCGCGAACAGAUGCGGGCCAAUUUGUUGGCCUGGAUGAAGAAGCUGACAAUUGGCCUAAUCUGCUUCAUUGGCAUUGCCCUGAUAAGCUAUGUGAUCAUCAGCCUGUGCUUGAGCGACUGGUCAAAGUCGUCGAGAAUCACCAACAGCACAGUUGCCAAAACAACAACGCCAGCACCUGCAACAAUUGUUGGCAGCAGCACAGCAACAUCGGCGGCAGCAACAGAUGCUGUUGCCGACGCCGCACCAUCAACACCAGCACCAACAACAACAAUAAGAACAACUAGCACAACAACAACAACUACAACAACAACAACAACAACAGAAAGCACACCAACAACAACAACAACAAGCAAUCCAAGCACAAGCCCCACACUUAAACCAUUUAAUUCAACAGAUGAGCAAUCGCUUCCGCCGGCAUCGGUAUCCGACGGCAGCAACAUGGAAGCGACAACAGCAACAAGUGAGGAAAUUGCAGUAGCUGGACCAGCUGUAGCCGCCUCCACAUCACCCACCACGCCACCACCCUCGGCAGCACCUAUUCUGGAUGACGGCGACGACAAGGACAAUAAGAAUUUCACAUCCAAAUUGGGCAUUUACAAGCAUGCGGCUGUUUGCUCGGAUAUGGAUACUUGUAGUCAGAUUGGCAGCAAUAUCUUGGAAAGGAAUGGCAGCGCUGUGGAUGCAACAAUUGCCACAAUGCUGUGCAAUGGGCUCCUGACCUCACAGAGCAUGGGUAUUGGCGGUGGUUUAAUAAUGAAUAUCUAUGACCGGGAGUCACAACAAGGUUAUCAGAUCGAUGCGCAAACCGUGGCGCCCUAUGCUUCCCAUCAGAAGAUGUUCGAUAAGGAUGUAAAUUCUUCUAUCAUUGGGCCGCUGAGCAUUGCGGUGCCUGGCGAGGUGAUGGGAUAUCAUUUGGCGUACAAGCGCUUUGGCAAGCUGCCAUGGCGAGAGCUAGUGGAGCCCUCCCUGAAAAUUUGCGAGACUGGAUAUCGAAUGAGUAUGCAUCAGGCAUUGAAUGUGGAGAAGGUGUGGCCCACUAUCAAGGACAAUUUGCAGUAUCAAUCCGUUUUCCUAAAUGCGGAAACGGGUGACCACCAUCGGGAGGGAGCAAUACUGAAGCCACCAGCAAAACUGUGCAACACGUACAAACUACUAGCUGAAAAUGGCCCAAUGGACUUUUACAACGGCACAAUUGCGCAAAUGCUGGCCGAGGAUCUGAAGGAGUUGGGCAGCAUUAUUACUCUAGACGAUUUGGAUACAUAUACGGCCGACUUACGUCUGUCCGUAACCAUGCCUCUGGGCAACGAUACUCUGUACGCCGUGCCGCCGGUGAGCAGCGGAUCUAUCGUCUCGCACAUACUGAGCAUUCUCGAAGGAUAUAACUUCACACGGGCUGAUUUGGCGGACGAUGAAUCGUAUGCUCUGACUAUACAUCGUAUAACGGAAGCGAUGAAGUUCGGAUUCGCACGUCGCGCCGAGCUGGGCGAUCCGCGUUUCAAUGAUAUUCGUGAACUGGUCAGCCAGCUCAACAAUCCUGAAUAUGCUGCCCAGCAUCGUGCCAAGAUCAAUGACAACAGCGUGCUGAGUGGCCCGCACGAAUACGGUGCACAACUCAGCUCCGAAGAUGAUCCGUAUGGCACCUCUUCGCUCGCCGUGUUAGCGCCGAAUGGCGAUGCCGUUUCCGUUACCAGCUCCAUCAAUUACUAUUUUGGUUCCGGCUUGAUUGGACCACGAACUGGCAUCAUUUUGAACGAUUGCAUGAACGACUUCUCUCUCAAGGAUAAUAUGUUCGGUCUGCCACAGUCGCAAGCGAAUGUAAUAGAUUUACAUAAGCGUCCCAUGUCGUCGCAGUCGCCAAUGUUGCUGGCCGAUCAGGACGGCAAUAUACGUCUAGCGAUCGGAGCUGCCGGCGGCAGCAAGAUAUUGGGCGCCAUUGUCGAGGUGGCCGCCCGCUUUCUCUGGUUCGGCGACGACCUGAAGGCGGCCGAGGAUGCGCCACGGUUUUACCAUCAGCUACUCCCCGAUGUUCUCCAGUACGACGAAGGACGUUUCUCAGAGAAUGUGCUGAGUCUACUGCGGAAGCGGGGGCACACUCUGAAGCCGUUGGACCGGCACAACACUGCCGUGGUCUGUGCCAUUGGUCGCAAUGCGACAGCGAUCUAUGCAAAUGCCGAUGGACGCAAGCGUGGCGACGUGGCCGGAUUCUAGACACAACCCCAGGCACCCAGGCACGCACACACACACAAGCGCGCGCGCACACGCACACACACACGCACACACUCAUACACGCAUAAGCAAACACUAGCGUAUCGUUCAAGUGAGAUUAGUUUGAAGAGAAAAUAAAAAGAAAACAAGAAUUAAACAAAGCGAGAAGUGAGGGUGAACACGAAUGUGCAAGUAAAAGUAUUUAAGCUAGCUAUGUCUUUUUUACAUAUAUCGUAUGUAUAUCGUAUGUUAUAUAAAUUUAUAUGCUACCUACAACUACCUUACCUUAUACAAUAAAAAAUCAAAAACUGCAAUUUUUUUUUUUCCGAAAAAAUAAAUGAGAU